CGCCCCGACAUGGCCAUGGAGACCCCCGCGCCGCCGCCCUCCGCGCCCCCGGCCCCGCCUUGCACCCCGGCCCCGCGCACCGUCCAGAUCGAGUUCCCGCAGCACAGCUCGCUGCUGCUUGAAGCCCUGAACCGCCACCGGCUGGAGGGCAAGUUCUGCGAUGUGUCCCUCCUCGUGCAGGGCCGGGAGCUUCGGGCCCACAAGGCCGUGCUGGCGGCCGCCUCCCCCUACUUCCACGAUAAGCUGCUGCUGGGGGACGCCCCCCGCCUCACGCUGCCCAGCGUCAUCGAAGCCGACGCCUUUGAGGGGCUGCUGCAGCUCAUUUACUCCGGCCACCUCCGCCUGACGCUGGACGCCCUCCCCGCCCACCUCCUGGUGGCCAGCGGCCUCCAGAUGUGGCAGGUGGUGGACCAGUGCUCAGAGAUUCUUAAAGAACUCGAAACCUCGGGGGGCGGGGGGGCCACCCGUGCCGGGGCCCCCUCGACCCCUGCGGGAGGCUGGUGCAUCCGUUCAGCUCCCUUCCAGACACCGCUGGGACCGUCCUUCUCCUCCUCCACUGAGAGCCCCGCUGCAGGGGAGGGGAGUGACCUGGGAGAGGUAUUGCAGAUCCAAGUGGAGGAGGAGGAGGAAGAGGAGGAAGAGGAAGAGGAGGAGGAGUACCAGGGGGCAGCAGCCGUCUCUCAAACUCCCCAGCCCCAGAGAGUCUCGUGGGGCCUCACCCGUCCUCAGGGAUCCCACCCAGCACCCCUGCCUGCCACCCCUCGAAGACUCCCGGAAGCAGAGAGUUCGGUACUCGAGCCUCCAACUCCUUCUCCUUCACAGCCCCCUAAAGUCUACGUGAAGCAAGAGCCCUUUGAGCCCAAGGAGGAUCUAGCAGGCGGUGGGACACAGUACGGGGGCGUCAAGGAGGAAAACAGAGCGUUUCCUGGCGUUGAUGGAGAAGGCAGUGGAGAGCUUGGCUUCUUAAUGCCCACAGGGGCAGGGGCAGGGGCAGGGACGGCCUUGGAGGCCUGGGGGACAUCCUGGAAACCCGUGGAUCUUCACGGAAAUGAAAUCCUCUCCGGGGGUGGAGGUCCUGGAGGGGUGGGCCAGGCGGUGCACGGGCCUGUGAAACUAGGGGGAGGAACUCCGCCCGCUGAUGGAAAGCGCUUCGGUUGCUUGUGUGGGAAAAGGUUUGCCGUGAAGCCAAAGCGAGACCGACACAUCAUGCUGACCUUCAGCCUCCGGCCUUUUGGCUGUGGCAUUUGCAACAAACGCUUUAAGCUGAAGCAUCACCUGACAGAGCACAUGAAAACCCACGCCGGAGCCCUGCACGCCUGUCCCCACUGUGGCCGGCGCUUCCGAGUCCACGCCUGUUUCCUUCGUCACCGGGACCUGUGCAAGGGCCAGGGCUGGGCCACUGCUCACUGGACUUACAAGUGAGUGCCCGUACUUGUGUGUGAACUUCAGGAUAGGCCAGCCACGGCCCGCUGCUCCAUACUUACCCUCACUACUCUGUCACCCCUGAUUCUUGUACUUGAUCUUGUCCUGGAUCUUGUACUUGUGCCAAGAUGAUAGAGACGUCGUGAACCUCUUCUAUAUGGGCCCCAAUCUGGCAGAUUUGGAAACUCAGAUUCCUCAGGUUUUUGCUAAAUAUCUAUAGGAAAGUAGCUUCCAGGCCAUCUGUAAAUUGGCCCUUUGCUGAUCAUAGUCCAAUUUGUACAGAUUGGAGGGCUCUGAUGAGAGGGAUUAGAGAGAAAAGACAUAAGUGUCUGAUUAUUUGGUUGCCAUGAAGUUAAGAGGAGAAGGUCUCCGUGCACAGAUGAAAUUGACACUCCUGGCAGCCGGAGACGAAGCUUGAAGCUCUUUUCAUCCUCAUUGCUCAGAUGGUGUGAGCAGAAUUGUUUUUAUGUUCUUUCAGUUCCUGUGUAUUUCCAAAAGACUCUCGUCAUCACUUGAUUUCUCACCAAUAGACACCAACUUCCUGACACUUCUAUUUUUUAUGUUGUAGUUGAGCACUUUAAGAAAUAGAACAUUCCAUGUAUUGUUCGUAGAACCCUCUUUAAUAGAGAAGGUUCUUACCACAGCUUGUGCCUCUUGUCUACCUUUGACCACCACUGAUCACUUGUAUUGGUCACAGUGACUUGGAUGUGACCAGCGAACCCAGGAGAUGGCCACUGGCUUCGAUGUUAUCUCAGGGUCUUACACUGCUCAAACGUGUGGCCAUGUCAAAGGGACUCAGGGCUGACAGCACAUGCUGAAGGGUAGAGAGACCUGCACAGGGCAGCUUCCCCCUCCUUCAUCCCCUUCCUCACAUUGGGGCCAGCAGUUGACACGUGAAAGAGUAGUUACUGGAAUAGGGAGGUUGCUGCAGGUCAAUUUCAAAUAAACUUUACUCUGAAA